UUCAGUCCUCCCUCUGCAUACUUCAGAAACCUCUGACCACACGCUGACAGCCCACCAUCCUGUUGUAAUUUAGAAGGAAGUAGGACAUUAAGUAAAACUUGACUAAAGCAUAUUGCCUGAAAAUAAAUUUGCUUAGAACUUUGCUAGCAGAUGGAUGUCCUACAGCAAGAAAACCCAGACAGAAAGAUAUUACAGUAAAUGGCGGGUAGUUUCCCUGACAGGAAGUCAUCUUAACAGUUAAACUUCUCUACACGCAAGAAGGAAGCAUAUCUCAAAAUGCUCAGUGAGGACGAGCUGCUCGCCUGCAGAAUGAGAGAGACCAACUUGAGGAGUAAGGAUAAAAAAGGUAGACUCAGUCUUCUUCUGGCAAAGUCUGGAUCGCAUGAAAAUGUCAGUCCUGAGAAGAAACCACCAGCUAAAACUAACCACAUCGCGCCAGAUGUGGCUCUGAGAUGGGGUGAUUCAUUUGAGGAGCUGAUGAGUCACACAGAUGGGGUAGAAGUCUUCACGCGGUUUCUGCGCUCUGAGUUCAGCGAGGAGAACAUUGAGUUUUGGUUAGCUUGUGAAGACUUCAAGACCACUGGAUCUGCAACCAAACUACAGUCUAAAGCCAAACAGAUACACGCCAUUUUCAUUGAUAAGGAGGCACCCAAAGAGAUCAACAUCGACCACUCAACCAAGGCCAGCAUUGAGAAGAACAUCCUGAAGCCCACUAGGUCCUGCUUUGAUGUAGCACAAAAUAAAAUCUACGGCUUAAUGAAAAGAGACUGCUACCCACGAUUCCUCACCUCCGACAUCUACUUGACCCUGACCAAGAGGGCAGGCCCACCCACUAUGACCAGGAGAAGGUCCCGCUCCUUCGUUUUUAAUGAACGUUCUGAAGGCACACCGGCCUGGUUGUAGAUUUGUACUGUUAUGCUAGUUAUUUUAUUGUAUAUUGUCCAUAGAAAUUGAUCAUGUGACACUUCCUACUGUAGCUAUUUAUUAACAUUAGAUUCUGUGGGCUGGUAUUUAAAUACUAAUCGUUCUAUCAUGAUUGUCAAACAUUCGGUUCUGCUUGAAGGAUUUCAUGCCACGCUUAAUUUAAUCUACAUGUUUAGAAUGCCUAAACAUUGUAAAUAACUGUUUAAUGAUAAAUGUCUGUAUAAUAAACUGUACAUAAAUGUCUUUUAUUUUGGCCUACAGCUAAUUGUAACAACGGCCAAUGUUGUGUGACUCUCAAAGGCAGUAAAGAGAGCAAAAAUGUUGAAAGAACUUUGGAAAAUUGAAAAAUAAAACCACAUCUCUGAGGAAAAA